AUGUCGAUAAAGGUCCGGCGGAAUGGCGUACAUAACGUGUUGAAAAAUGUGAAGUACAUAUACGAGAACAACCGAGAAAUUAGCACCAGCAGGAUUUACAAAGACAGAAAGGAGAAGGUGGUGAUCCUGGGCUCAGGGUGGGGUGGUAUACACUUUUUUAUAAACAUAGAUUUUAAAAAGUACGAUGUGACACUAAUCUCUCCGAGGAGUUACUUUACCUUCACCCCUUUGUUGCCCUGUGUGUGUAGUGGAACCCUCAGCGCCAAAGUGUGUACAGAAAAUAUUUCCACCUUUUUGAAAAAAAAGGGAUCUUCAGGUAAGUAUCUGCAGCUCGAAUGCACAGAUAUAGUCCCCGAAGAAAGGAAAGUCAUAUGUAGAGACAACCAAAACAAUGAAGUAAAAAUUGGGUACGACUAUUUAGUCAUAUCGGUGGGAGCUAAGACAAACUCCUUUAACAUUAAAGGGGUUGAUAAGCACGCCUUUUUUGUAAAGGAUGUCGACGGGGUGAUAAACAUCCGCAAGAAAUUCCUAGAUGUACUAAACAUAUGCUCCACGGAUAGAAUAUCCGAUGAAGAAAAAAAAAAACUCUUACACGUAGUAGUGGUUGGAGGUGGACCAACAGGAGUAGAAGUCGCAGGAGAGUUCGCUGACUUCAUUAAUAAGGACGUCAAAAGGAAAUAUAAAAAUAUUUUCCCGUUCAUAUCUGUGAGUAUUAUCGAAGGAGGGAAAAACCUACUCCCAACCUUUACCCAAAAUAUUUCCGAUUUUACAAAAAGAACAUUCCACACGGCAAAUAUAAACGUACUCACAAAUUACUACGUAAAAGAGGUGGAUGAAGAUACCGUAUGCGUACAAUCUAGUAUAGAUGAGAAGAAGAAACAGAUCCCUUAUGGCCUUCUCAUUUGGGCCAGUGGAUUAGCGCAAACUCCUCUCAUUACCAAUUUUUUGAAAAAAAUACCUGAGCAAGUUAACAACAGAAUUUUAAACGUAAAUGGACACCUCGCCGUUAUCGGAAUUAAGGAACAAAAUAUUUAUGCCAUUGGGGAUUGUAAACAGAUACAACCUCUCCAACUGCAUGAUCAUUUGAAUGAGGUGUUGGAUCAUUUUAACUCUUGCUCCACGAACUUUUCUUCUGAUUUGCUUAAAUCCAAGGCAAGUGAGUUGUCCAAAAAGUUUCCACAAGUCAGCCAAUCCAAGUGGGACUACAAGAAAAAUAAAAAGGCACAAAUGGACAAGCAUCAGUUUUUUGAGUACCUAAAACAGAUAGACCAAAAUUAUAAGUCGCCUAUUCCUACUGCUCAGAAUGCUAAGCAGGAGGCAUAUUUUUUGUCUAACAUUUUUAACACUCUAAUGGAGAAGAAGGCUGAUGGGAAUCACUUCCCUUCUUUUGUGGAGAAGUGGAAAGGAUCCAUCGCUUACAUAGGAAACCACCAGGUGGUGGCUCAUCUUCCCUUUUUGGAAAUUACAGGAGGGCUUUUCUCCUUCACCUUCUGGAAAAUGGUGUACAUACAAUUGCUCCUGACGUGGAGAUCCAGAUUUGCCUUCAUUAUGGAUUUCCUGCGCAUCAAGUUUUUUGGCAGGCCCUUCACCAAAUGA